AGAGAGAGAGAGAGAGAGAGAGAGAGAGAGAGAGAGAGAGAGAGAGGGAGAGAGAAAAACCGGAAAGUCCAAAAAGAGAUGCCUCAAAACAUCCAUGUGUCCAUCCGUCAUAAGCGCCACUCAUCCAUCUGUCCAUUCAGCCGUUGAUAUCUAUUCAGCCAUCCAUCCAGAGAGGCCGGCUGUGGGACAUGGAGGAAAAGGGAGCAGUAUCCGGUAUCAUGAUUUUAGAAUUUGAAGAGGACGUGGCGCUGACGGAGAAGAUGCGUAUGCGAGUGUCGUCUCUUCAGUGCUCGGGCCAAAAACGCCAGGACGGCGAGCGCCUGCUGCUGCCCCACGAGGCCGUCUACCGGCUGGACUUCCAGCGGCAGGACCUAAGCUUUCGCCACUGGAACGUGUCUUUGGGCGGGUGCGGGCGCGUCACCAUCACGGGGAUCUCGCAACACUGGACGCCCGACCUCACCCACCUGAUGGCGCGCCAGCUUCUGGAGCCCGUCGGCACCUUCUGGCGCGGCGCCGACGACCCCGACGGCUGCGAGCUCAAGUGGCUAGAGGCCGACAUGCAGGAGUUCGGCGAGAGAAUCGCCGAGCUAGCCAAGGUCCGCAAGGUCAUGUACUUCCUGUUCGCCUUCAAGGACGGCGCCGAGGCGGCCAAGUUGCGGUGCUCGCUGGCCUUUUCCUCCCUCCAAUGAAGCUUGCGUUCCGGGCAGUCGAAUGGAAACAAGCACUCGUGUCGUAAAACUGAAGACUUGUGUAUGGAAACCUUGAAAUAAAUCUUCUGAAGGCA